ACUGAUGCCCUUCCCUCGGGUCACGGUGACCCAGCGGGGCCGGGCUUUGUUCCUUUCUCCCGCGGCGUUUCUCAUCUUCGCGCCUGCGGGAGCUGAGGCGCGGUGGUCCGGCCGCGACGCUGGGCUCCAGCUGGGCCCCCGCUUGGUCCUGCUGAUGCCCGUUGGGGGACUACCAGCGGCGUUGGCUGCAAACCGACCAGUUGGUGGUGGCAGCGCUGCCUGCCUUUGCCCUGAGACUCAUGUUGAUGAGAUGCCAUCUGCAAUUUUGUUAUCUGCAAUGACUCUUCCCUUCGAAGUCAGCCCAUUAUCUUCAAUCCUGACUUUUUUGUGGAGAAACUCCGACAUGAGAAACCUGAGGUGUUCACCGAGUUGGUGGUCAGCAAUAUCACAAGGCUCAUCGACUUGCCUGGAACUGAGUUGGCUCAGCUGAUGGGAGAAGUGGACCUUAAGUUGCCUGGUGGGGCCGGCCCGGCAUCAGGAUUCUUCCGGUCUCUAAUGUCUCUCAAGCGAAAGGAAAAAGGAGUAAUAUUUGGAUCCCCACUGACAGAGGAAGGCAUUGCCCGUAUAUACCAACUGAUUGAAUAUCUACACAAAAACUUGAGAGUAGAGGGUUUGUUUAGAGUACCAGGGAAUAGUGUCCGACAGCAGAUAUUAAGGGAUGCUCUCAAUAAUGGAACUGAUAUCGACUUGGAAUCAGGAGAGUUUCACUCAAAUGAUGUUGCUACCUUGCUGAAGAUGUUUCUAGGAGAGUUACCUGAGCCCCUGCUGACACAUAAACAUUUCCAUGCACACCUCAAAAUUGCUGAUUUGAUGCAGUUUGAUGAUAAAGGAAACAAGACCAAUGUACCAGAUAAAGAGCGGCAAAUUGAGGCUCUUCAGUUGCUAUUCCUCAUUCUCCCUCCACCCAAUCGUAACUUGCUGAAGUUAUUGCUUGAUCUCCUGUACCAGACAGCAAAGAAACAAGACAAGAAUAAGAUGUCUGCCUAUAACCUUGCCCUUAUGUUUGCGCCCCAUGUCUUGUGGCCAAAAAAUGUCACUGCAAAUGACCUUCAAGAGAAUAUCACAAAGUUAAACAAUGGGAUGACUUUUAUGAUUAAACACUCUCAGAAACUUUUUAAGGCUCCUGCUUAUAUUCGGGAAUGUGCCAGAUUGAACUAUUUGGGUUCUAGAACGCAAGCAUCAAAGGAUGAUCUUGAUCUGAUAGCUUCGUGUCAUACCAGCUCCUUCCAAGUGACAAGAUCUCAGAAAUGGAACCAGCGAGAUUCCUGCCUUCAUCAGGAGGAGACCCAGCAGCGUACGGGAGAGGCACUAAGAGAAUUGUUCCAACAUGUUCACAAUAUGCCAGAGUCGGCAAAGAAGAAACAGCUUAUCAGACAGUUUAAUAAGCAUUCUGAGACCCAAACACCAGGACGAGAACCUUCUACCCUCUGGGUGCAGAAGAGGGCCCGUUCACGGUCCUUCAGUGGCCUUGUUAAGCGGAAGGUCCUGGGAAAUCAGAUGAUGUCAGAAAAGAAAAACAAGUACGCUACUCCAGAAUCUGUAGCCAUUGAUGAAUUGAAGAGAGCCAGCAAAGAAAAUAUAAAUUUAUUAUUUUCUGGCUCUCCAGCUGUCAUGAUGACACCAACAAGACUGAAAUGGUCUGAGGGGAAGAAAGAGGGGAAAAAAGGCUGGGCUGUCUGAUUGAGCCUAGGAUUCCUCUGAAGGAUCCAGAGGUUUCCUGUUGUCCACCCAGAAUUUUCUCUUUUGUGGGCCAGGUGCCAUUACCACUCACAGAGAAGCUUGGACUUGCAGCUUGCUUGCUGCAUGUUGAAUUGUGAAAGCCAACUAAUCCUGUGACUUGACUGACGCCUCUAGCCCCACUCAGUGGGUGACCUCUACAGACUCUGCCUGCUGAACCAGUGCUAGCGACUCUCUCUCUCUCUUUAAAAAAAACGUUAUGGGGAAACCACUAACCAGCCAAAUCGGCGUAGACAGCACAGUAAAUGAGUAGAACCAGGCAGACUCCUGUGCUCAUUCCAUGUAUUUGUUUAGGCAGAUUCUAUUUUUAAAACAUUUGAAAUCUGUGCUCAACUGCCAGUGAUUUUUUUAAAAAGUGCUGUCAAUCCUGGUGGAUUGAUGUUAUUUUUAACUGAUAGCUUGGGCUUUUCUCUAUUUUGAUAGUUUUGGGAGAUGUUUUGGUUAUUGUUUCUUGUUUAUUUGUUGUUUGUAUAUUUUAAAAGGUAAAAAAUCAAAAUGGGCUCUAAGCCAGAUGUCUUUCCUCUCUUUUUCACCUUAAGCUUUGGGAAAGCUCUUUAACUUAUGAGGCUUUACUCCUCAAUACCUAUUUUUGUCCAAAGAAUUUAUAGCUUUCCUGGAAAUUCUUUUAUUAUUUCUUGGGCCUGAGAUUGUAGGUAUUUGGCCUGCAGUAUCAAAAAAGGAGAAUUCAGAAUGAUACAAUAUUUAAACAAAUAAUAUUAAACUGUGGCCCUUCUUCCCUCCCUCCAUUCUCUCUCCUUUCCUCUCUUCCCCUUUCCUCAGUGAUGUCAAAAUAGUUGUGUGGGGCUUCCCUGGUGGCGCAGUGGUUGAGAGUCCGCCUGCCGAUGCAGGGGACGCGGGUUCGUGCCCCGGUCCAGGAAGAUCCCACAUGCCGCAGAGUGGCUGGGCCCGUGAGCCAUGGCCGCUGAGCCUGCGCGUCCAGAGCCUGUGCUCCGCAACGGGAAAGGCCAUGACAGUGAGAGGCCCGCGUACCGCAAAAAAAAUAGUUGUGUGGUUGCUGAACUCCUUUCCUUCAUUCAGUUUCCUCUCGCCUAAAACAGCUCUGGUGCCAGUGUGGUGCCAGUACUUCUGUGACAAAUCACUGGGACUCAAGGAAUAUCACCAACAGCUUACUUGAGACUUGCUGAAACUCCUGUAUGUAGUGGAAGCUCUGGAGAGGGACUAGGAUGGGGCUGGCUUUAUGGCCAGGACAACUCUUGAUGGGUGGGAUUAUAUUGCAUCCUUCUAAGAGAUCAGGUGUGCAGGCUGGACCGUCUCCUGAGAGCCAGCUGGAGUCAGAGGGAGGAAGUGAGCAUCAGUCUCCACAGGGCUGAGAGAUUUAAAGUAGACAAUGCUCUUAUUUGGAAGCAGUUGUGGUUUAUCACCCAUGUUCAAGGGUGGCUGCUGGCCCACCCCUCUCCUUGUCAAGAUGGGCAUAGGGAGUAGUUUGGAGAUGGGCUGGAGCUUUGACCGUGUUGGGACGUUCACAUGUGUUUGAGGUGAGCAGUGGCAUGGCUCUGAUCUAGUGUGAGAACUCACUGCCCAGAGAGCAGCAGGGCAGGUGGGAAUGUUAGUCUGUUCCUGCUCUGUUAGGUGUGUAACCUUUCUCACCCUGUGUGCCAGAACUGAGUCAGGCCUCAGUGGGGGGGCAGUUGCCCAGCAAACCAUGACUUGCUGACCUAUUUUUAAACAGUUGAAAUGCUGUGUUGUUGCUGAAACAAAAGAUGAGUCUGGGGAGCACAGUUUGGUUUUGCAUCCGGAUGUCAGUCCUGGCUUCCGUAUUUUCUGUUUCUUCUGCUGCUGUAACAGCUGUAGUAGAGAAAAAUGUAAAAUUUGGCUGUCCAACUUGAUAGAUUGUGAACAAUAGAUGGUUAGGAGUAUAAAACUGCUCAGAAGCCCCUUUCUCUAGAGCAGUUUUAUAUAAUUCUUAAAAAUACUUAUUAGCAAGUUCAUUUGUGUAGGGUUCUUCUUCUUUUUUUUUUUCGGUACGCAGGCCUCUCACUGUUGUGGCCUCUCCUGUUGCGGCGCACAGGCUCCGGACACGCAGGCUCAGCGGCCAUGGCUCACGGGCCCAGCCGCUCUGUGGCAUGUGGGAUCUUCCCCGACCGGGGAACAAACCUGUGUCCCCUGCAUCAGCAGGCGGACUCUCAACCACUGCGCCAUCAGGGAAGCCCCUAGGCUAAAGUGUGUUCUCCCUUAACUUGAUACUUGCUUUCUUUAUUUGUCUAAGUGUCUCAUUCCGUAGUGGUGUGGUCUGUUAAACAUGGUCUGGCAUAGGUGGAGAGAGCAGAGCAGUGACCUGAUACCUCCUUGUCAUUGAGUUUGUUCUGUGGUUCUGUUUAAGGGAGGUAGCUGAGAUUUAGGAGACUUUCUUUGGUUGAAUGCAACUGGUAAUCGAGGUUCGUGUUCCAGGGCUGGGGUGGUGAGAGAUGUCUGUCACAUGCUUUUAUAUAGCUUGCCCCCUUGGGCAGUUUAUUUGGGUAUUUGGGUAUGUGUGUUUCAUUAAAGUAUUUAUUAAAUAUGAUUUCCCUUGCUGUAAGGGUAUGAUAGGUCUUUUCCUUCUUUUUUCUUUUUUAACAGAAGCUGUGAACUAGUUGGAAUCCAAAUUUGAGAAAUAAACAGCGUAACCCUCUGCCUUAUAAUAUGUAACUAUUUUAAUCCUGCGGAAUCUUUGCAAAAACAAAAACCCUUUAGCAUUUGCUACAGAAGGGUACUGUUGCCCUUCUGACUUGGUGGGCAGAUAUUUUUGAGCCAGUAUUUAACAAUUUUUAAAAUCUAUAAUGUUUUAAAACUCUGUUUUCUAUGUUUAUUUUUUGUGUUGGAACAAUCUCUUUGGAAAUGCCUCUUGUUGCUUUUAAAAUUUCAUUUCUUUCUGGGGUCAGUUGCAAUGGGUUUUGAUGUGAUAUCACUAUGGGGCAGUGUAUUUAUGCCAGAGGGCUCAAGCAUAAAAAAUGCAGACCACUUCCUUGAUUCACAUCUGUACUGGGCGAGCUAUACUGGUUGAAUCAGUGAAAACCAUGGGCACUGGAGUUUCUAACCUUUUACAAUGGUUGACUUUUGCACUGGGACCAAUGAAUCUGGUUUGAAAGACUCCAUUGCAGCAGUGAAUAGAGGAUUAGGUGAUACUGAUUGUACCUGAGUGCCAAAACAUAUUAAAGGAGGUGGUAUCUGAUCAUAACUGAAACCGCAGUUGAUCCUCCACAAGCUCGUUACCCUGAAUGUCUUUCCAGAGUUAGGAAUGACGAGGGGGUACCCUUGGGAAAUGGAGUAGUAUAGGGUUAACUGUUGACCACUGGGUGUUCCAGAGGUGGCUGUUUUGCUGGCUUGUAAGAAAGCUAGUGGUUCCAGAGUGUCAGAGCAGGGCCAUUCUCUCCUCUGGAACAGCAGUAUUUCUGUUCAGCUUUUCUCACAGAAACCUGUGUUAGGAUACGGUUUAAAACACUGCCUUCUAGGAGAACCUGUGGUCCCAGAGUGACUAGCUAUGUGGCCAUGCAUAACUGGGGAAGCCAUCUUGGGAAUGACUUCUCUGGACUUUGUCUGCUUCCUUCAUACAGGGCCUCGCACAGAUGCUUGAAACUGAUGGCUCUCAUUCUGAAGUCUUUUCUAAGUAGAACUCCUUUCCCCAGGAGAGAGCCUCAUCCCUGCCCUCCUGCAUCUGGAAGCCUUGGUACUGAAGACAGGACCUUGAUCCAAACCGGAUACUAGCAAUUGGCAGGAUUGCUCUAGAAUUUGGGGAAGAUUUGGGUUUCUAAGAUGCACAAGCUUUUCAGACCAGUAGUAAUUAAUCCAAUCUAAAACUCACUAUAGGAGAGCUGGCUUUCCUAGACAGGUAAUGCUGAACUCCUUCCACAGGUGGAGAGUGGAUGUGUGGGCUAGCAAGGAGGUGGAGUAAGUACUUAAUAGCCUGAGUGCUUGGGUUACCAUGGAAACUGGAGUGUGCGUGGCCACAGCAGGUGCUAAAGAGCCAUUGAGCACUCCCCCGGACAUGUUUGGGGACCAGCAGAACUGGUUGGGAAAAACACUCCUGCCCCAGGGUCCUUUCUUCAUAGCAAGGAUUGCCUUUUCGCUAUCCCCAAGCUUGCUCAACAAGAGAAACAAGGUUUCUUAACUGUCUAACCAUUUUUUAUUUUUCAUUCUUAUUCAACUAUAUCAUAUAUAUAUAUUUAUAUAUAUAUGUAACUGUAAAGAAACAUAUGCGUUGUUUUUUUUUAUAUUCAUGUAAUAUUCUGAAAUUAAAUUUCUUUUGUUUCAUAUCUA